AAAGGAUAUCCAGAUCUUCCGCAAAUGAAUCACAUGCCCAUGCAGUGCAGGUAUUGCCGUUAAGCCCAACAGAAAUAGAACUUUUUUCUAUAUUAUCUCCCCAUCCCGACCGCUAUUUGCUCCUCUCCCUUGAACCUCGAUUUUAGCGACUUUGCUAAAGGUCUACGAAACAACCACAAAUGACAGGAGGCGAAAUAACGACAAAUGCCACUCCUCCGGAGCAAGGGGCUAUGGAGACACCUCAUGAGGAUAAUUUUUAUCAGAGGAAGGGGAUAAAGAUCUUGGGCAUUCGGUUGCCGCCGUGGCGUUCGCCAUUGGCUCAAGUGAUGCUCACCGGCUUCGUCUGUUUCCUUUGCCCCGGGAUGUUCAACGCGCUGAGCGGUUUGGGUGCUGGUGGCCAAGUUGAUAGCAGAGUCCAAUCCAACGCAAGUGUGGCUUUAUACACCACAUUUGCAUUCGUUGGUUUUACCGCUGGAACGGCUCUCAAUUAUUUCGGCGCGCAAGCCACAUUGGCGUUCGGUGGCCUCGGUUAUGCCAUGUAUUCCGCAUCCUUUCUCUCUUAUAACCACACCAAGAACGAAGGAUUUGUCCUCUUCGCUGGCGCUUUCCUGGGUGUAUGUGCCGGGCUCUUAUGGUGUGCCCAAGGGACUGUAAUGAUGUCCUAUCCCAUGGAGAGUGAGAAAGGUCGAUACAUCGGGCUGUUUUGGGCUAUCUUCAAUAUGGGCGCUGUUAUUGGGUCAUGCAUUCCCAUCGCUACUAACUGGAGCAGUCCAGACAACGGCGCCGUCAACGAUGGCACAUACGUAGGCUUUUUGGUUCUCAUGCUCUGCGGUGCAGUCCUUGCGUUUUUUCUUGUUCCCCCGGAGAAGAUUAUCAGAAAGGAUGGGACCCGUGUUCAACGUGUUCACCACCCGUCAAUGAAGAGGGAGAUUUAUGGCCUUUGGGAAACGAUAAAGACGGACACCUAUGUCCUCCUACUUUUCCCAUUCUUCUGGGCUAGUAACUGGUUCUAUACUUAUCAGCAAAACUGCUAUCAGCUUUUCUAUUUCAACCUUCGUGGCCGUACGUUCACUAACUUAUGGUACUGGCUUGCCCAAAUCUUUGGUGCUCUGGCUUUUGGAUUCUUCUUAGAUAACCAGAGGAUCGGCCGACGCAAGCGAGCAAUCUAUGGAUGGGUUAUCCUGUGUGUGGCUGUCAACUCUAUUGUAAGUCGUACAUUCUCCCGCUUUUUGAAGAUCGGACACAACGCUGGGCAGCGCCCCGUUAAUGACCUGACAGACAAGGAUUUUACCUGGUACCUUCUACUUUAUAUGGCUUACGGAUUUCAAGAUGCGAUGUGGCAAACAUAUGCAUACUGGAUGAUGGGAGCCCUUUCCAAUGAACCCCGUAAACUCGCAUACUUUGCGGGUUUUUACAAGGGUAUUCAAUCCGCAGGAGCUGCUGUUGUCUGGCGGCUGGAUGGUGUUCAGUACAGCUACGCGACCCUAUUCGGAUCUUCGUGGGGACUCUGUGGAGCGGGAAUGCUACUGGCAAUCCCGGUCAUCUGGAGACGCAUCAAGGACACCGAGCUUACGCAGGAGGAUUUCAUAACACCUGCUGAGAAAGACAUCGUGAUGUCGGACGCGAAGCAGGUCGUGUUAGCUCAUGAAGGUGGGGCUUGACAAUUGUGCGUUUUUAGGGGCAAAUUUCUUUCUAUUUCAUGAACGUAUAUUUUUUUAACUCACUACUCGGAUUAUGAGAAGGAAUUUAUAUACAUAUAAGUUACCUUGGUUACCUGAAAUGAUUAAUCCUUCAAAGAUAAA